CUUUAUUCAAUUUACUACUCAGCAUGAAGUCGUUUUUAGUGUUCCUAUUGGCCUUGGCCUCUUAUCCCCUCCUAAUGGUCAAUGGCGAUGAUAAUAAUGCUCGCAUUACCAAUGGCAAUCUGGCUGAAGUUGGCCAAUUUCCCUAUCAGGCUGGAUUGAAUGUAUCCUUUGGCAAUUCAUCGACCACCUGGUGCGGUGGCACUCUGAUCUCACAUCGUUGGAUCGUUACGGCGGCGCAUUGCCUGGACGGGGCAGAGUCGGUUCACGUUUAUCUGGGCGCCACCAAUAUCAGUGAUGUGACUGAGCCUGGCCAGCGGCAUUUCAUCGUGGAUCAAUCGGGCAUCAUUGUCCAUGCCAAUUGGACCAAGAGCACUGUGACCAAUGACAUCUCCUUGAUAAAGCUGCCCAGAUUGAUUGCCUACUCGCAGACCAUAAGAGCGGCCAUUUUGCCAAGGCUAGUGAAUGGUUCGUACUCCCUGUACGAACAGCAAACUGCAUAUGCCUCGGGUUGGGGACGUGAUAGCGAUAGCUCGGAUUCGGUUUCACCCGUCCUGCGGUAUGUGGCCAUGCCGGUGAUGCCCCACAUCCUGUGUCGCAUGUAUUGGAGUGGCGCCGUCUCCGAGAAAAUGAUCUGCAUGAGCACCAGCAGUGGCAAGUCCACUUGCCAUGGCGACUCCGGUGGUCCGCUCGUCUACAGGGAUGGCAAUUCAAGCUAUCUAAUUGGCACCACCUCAUUCGGCACUUCCAUGGGCUGUGAAGUUGGUUUUCCGGCUGUCUUUACCCGCAUUACCAGUUACUUGGAAUGGAUUCGGGAGCAUAUACCCGACUUACCAUAGUUCCAGUUCCAGUCAAUUAAUAAAUAAAUAUCGAGAAACAAAGAAGAAAACACAGUUCAA